AUGGAACGCUACUUCCGACCCGAAAGAUUCGAUACGGAUCCGAAUACUCCUAUUUCCUCGAAAAUAUGGCGACACUGGUUUUGCACCUUCGACAGAUUUCUUACUAAGAUUGGUGUCGAAGAUCCCGAAAGAUUGGAUUUUCUCUACAAUUACAUUUCUCCAAGUAUCUAUGACUAUGUUGUAGAUUGUAAAUCGUACAGUGAUGCUGUGAAAACCCUGGAAAAGCUGUUUAUCAAACCACCAAAUGAGGUGUUCGCCCGGUAUCUACUGGUCACCUACAAAGAGGAACCAGGGCAAAAUUUCGAUCAAUUCUUUCAGAAGCUCAAAUCUUUAGCCAAAGAUUGCAACUUUAAGGCCAUAACGGCUGAAAAAAAUCAGGAUGACGCCAUACGGGACGCCUUCAUAAGCGGGAUACUGUCAGGCGUUGUGAGACAGCGUCUUCUUGAAAACAGAUGUCUAGAUCUACCGACCGCCCUAGAACUAGCUCGAUCACUUGAAAUGGUACAACAACAGUCUAAUGCUUUUCAGACAUCACCGAUGUAG